GUUAGCAAGCCAUCGACGCUCUUCUUCCCGGCGCUCGAUACGGCUCAGGGACUCAAGUUCUACCAGGGGCUGUACACGGGCAGCGCUCUCGACACAGGGUCUCUGUGGCCCGACGUGACGCUUGUCUCACCGCAUGAGGUGGCACCCGUCCAGCACGCAGUGGUCGGCCAGCCGUACACGGUGCUUUUGGAGAACUUUGCGAUGAAGGGAAACGUGGUCGUGGAGCUCUUCCAGGGCACUGAGAAGAAGGGCGUGACUGUCGCUACGGUGCCGGGCGGGAUCGCCCCCGGCGAGGUGCGAGAGGUGUCGUGGACGGCUCCUGAGCCGCUUGAUGGAGUGUCUGGGAACCGAGCCUACCUGCGCGCGUACCACGCGGGCAUGCCGGCGAUCUAUUCCGAGAGUGACCUGUUUGACUUGUUGCCGUCAUCUGUGCUGGAGAACUAAGCUUGAAAGGUGCCGUUUUCCUCGAUCUGCCGUCAAGAUUGUAGCUGUUUUGAAAAAGAUUACGCGAUGUUUUCAAUAAAUUAUAGACACCAUAAUAAUACUGGGUGGUCAAAAAAACAGAAAGGGAUCAUGGGGGAAAGUGUCUUAAGAAAUAGGACAAUAGUUCAGAGCGCUGUGCAAUUUUUGACAGGCUCCAUGAGCAAAGUAAGAGUAUAAGUGAGAAUUAUGUUGGAGGAAACAGUAAGAAGUACAAAAGCAAAAAAGCAAGAGACGGUGG